AUGGCAUGUCAUUCAAAACGAGAUGAUAUUCUUAUAUAUGAUAAAGAUGAACUUAUCUUAUACAGUGUUAAUGAUAUAAAUACUACGAUUAAAAAAAUUCAUGGUACUCAAUCAAAUCAUCUUAUUUCUUUGACUUAUGUUGUACAAGAUAAAAGUGUUUUUAUUUGUUGUCAUGAUCCAAAAGAAAUUAUUCGACAACAUAUUUCAUUAACAAAAUAG